AUGUCGGUCUUUUCGCUCCACCCAAGAGCAGGCAACCCUGUGACAGCCAAUGUCGUAGACGAUGUCUGCACUGAUUUGGGGUUCAGUCUCGAUGAAGGAGAGAAGGAAGCCUACCGAAGGCUCCUUGGAAUCUUUCACGACUCUGCAGUGGGCUUGAUGGGAAUGCCUGACUAUGCUCCCCAAGUCGAUCUGGAACGAUUUCCACGGGAGAAUGUUCAUUUCCCAAAUGUUGGCGACAACACACACGGAGCUUGGGCCUGGAAGUGCAGCAUUAAAGAUAAAAGUAGAGGCAUAAAGGACUCGAUGCUGCUGGAAGGCAAGACGGUGGUGCUCAAGGACAACAUCUCUGUAAAAGAUGUCCCCAUGCUCAUGGGCACGGAUUUUGUCAAGGGCUAUGUUCCGAACACAGAUGCUACUGUGGUUACACGGGUUCUCGAAGCGAUGGCCGAGGUGGUUGGCAAAGCCGUUUGCGAGAACAUGUGUCACAGUACGACAUCCCACUCAGCUGCCACAGGCCCAGUCGAGAACCCAUUCGCAAAAGGUUACAGCAGCGGCGGAAGCUCGAGUGGAAGCGGCGUCCUUGUGGCACUUGGAGAAGUCGACAUGUCCAUUGGGGCAGAUCAAGGUGGAAGCGUCAGGGUUCCUGCCUGUAACUGUGGGAUUGUAGGCCUGAAGCCUACGUUUGGACUGGUUCCUUACACAGCAUGCGGCAGCAAUGAACCCACAAACGACCACUUGGGUCCGAUGACGAGAACGGUGUGGGAGAACGCACUCUUACUCCAAGUCAUUGCCGGAAGUGACAACGUCGAUGACCGGAGUUUUGCUGCUCCCACACCUGAAAAAAUACCCAAGUAUUCGGCGAUACUCUCCAGCUGCGAGACGCCCAAGGACCUUAGUGGUAUUAGAGUCGGCAUCAUCUCCGAAUCUUUGACCGGCGCGGUCUUGGACCCACGUGUGAAAUCCACCUUCGUCCAAGCUGCCGGGUCUUUCGUGCAGUUAGGUGCGACUGUCUCAGAAGUGUCCAUUCCAUUGCACAAAAAGGGCCCGGCAAUCUGGACCGGCAUCAGCAAAGUUGGCGGCUUUCUCGGCAAGAGCACUGGGCCUUUCGGUCGCCGUGGUCACCAGAUGAUGGACUUGCAUAGCAUGAUGUGGCCAUUGACGCAGGAGAACUGGGACAACGCCUACGUCUCGUUGAAGAACAACUACUUGAAUGGCGCCUAUGCGACCAAGGCGUUCCCGCAGCUGCUUGGCAAGGCGACCAACUUGUCACGCAUGCUUCGCGAUGCUUACGACGCCGCGCUCAAGGAGUAUGACGUUCUCAUCACCCCGACGCUGCCGUACAUCGCGACGAGCCACUGUGCUUCCGACGCCGGCCCGCUCGAGCAGAUGGCAAAGCAGGUUGGGCUGACUCGCAACACUUGCCAAUUCAACCAGACGGGUCAUCCAGCACUGACGAUGCCGAUUGGCAUGCUUGAGAUCCAGGAAGGACCUCUUGCAGGAACUGGAACCAAAUUGCCGGUCGGUCUGCAGAUUGUGGGGAAGUGGUGGGCCGAGGAAACGGUUUACCGUGUUGCUUACGCGUGGGAGCUGGCGAAUCCGGACUGGAAGAGCCUGUGA